AUGCGGUCUGUCCAUGCAUUGCUACUGAGUCUAGUGGCUGCUUCGACCGUCUCGAGUGCUGAGCUUGAGAUGCGUCACAGUCCGGACAUGACGGAUGAUCAGAUGAUCGGUGGGAUUGAAGAAAAUGAGAAGGAGAAUGAUGAAAUCGUCAGUCUCAUGACGGCGCUGAGCGAGCAAUUUCAGCGCUCGAGUGAGAUGUUGCAGAGCUUUUUCCACUUGAACGAUGUGGAUGAUGCCGUCCGUAUCGUGGUGAUUGAACAGAAGGAGCAGGAUCCAGCACGGGAUAGGAAGAUGGCGUGUUUAAAGGCAGUGGAGAAGAUCCACGAGGACGAGGAGCUGGAGCAAGAGACGAUGACGUUUAUGACGUACAUUCGCUCGACAUUUGAUAAGAUGUCACUCCAGGUAUGGGGUGGAGCGUCAUGCGAAGACCUCGAUCGUCCUGAGCUGGUGGAACAGUGUAACCUUGUGCUGAAGUCAAAAGAUGUGGUACAGAAGUACCUGCUUGAAGGCAAGACAGACGGCCAAGUGUGCGACAUCAUUUCCACCGUUACAGACUUGGAUGCUACGGACGAUUUUCCCUGCCAUUUGUGUCAGAGAUUUGUGCAGAUGGUCGACCAUGCAGUUUCACAAGACAUGCAACAGGUGGAGCAAGUCCGAGAGAUUAUUGGAGACGUGUGUGAUGCCAUGCCGGCUGACUCGAUGUGUCACACAGUUCUUAAGAACUACGAUGCAAUUGUGGAUUGGGUGAAGCACGGCACAGAUUCGCUCGUAGUUUGCUCACGUCUCGCCAUAUGCUCCGCGGAUAGCGACGAUGGCAGUAAGAUUCCAGGCUUGGAUUCUGAAGAGCCCCUAGCAGCGGAAGAUGGAGCUCUAGCUACAGCUGACUUGAACAAGCAGGAACAAUCGUGCUUCUUUUGCACCCAUGUGACCGGAGUGAUUUAUGAAGUGAACAUCCUUUUCCCUGAUCAGCUUCCGAUGCUCACGUCUCUAUUUGCAAGUGUGUGCGAGAUGACUGCAGCAGUGUCCAAGUGUCAAGAAGCGAAGGCUAACUUUGACCGCAUUGUGGAUUUGGUCCAAUUAGGCCAGCAACCUCGUGAAGUCUGUGUGAACGCUGAUUUUUGCUCAAAGGUAGCUGCGCUUGAUAUAACUCACAUGCAUGGCAACGACAAGGCGUGCGUGUAUUGCGACGCAGCCACUACUGUCGUGGAGGUCAUUUUGCAAGAAGCUCCGGAGGAGAUUAAUCAGAUUCGUGAGUACGCUGACAUGAUCUGCAAUAUACUGGGAGAAGAUAGUCCGUGUCAUGAGUAUGUAAAUCAAAUGGACACGGUUAUUGACUCCUUGAAUAAAGGAUCUCACCCUCGCGACAUCUGUAAGAUGCUGAAGUACUGCUCGGCCGAGCGUGAGGACGAUCCUUCAUCUCAGCUAACUGAAAGAUCUCGCGUCGGUAUGAUGCGGAAUGGUCAUGUUGGAAAUCAUCCUCGUGGGAGUAUGAAUGGACAAGGUGGUCGUCAUGGGCGCGUUGGUAACGGUAUGCAAGACGAGACGGCUGUGAUGCAAGCUGACGAGCGCCCAGCACAUCCUGUUCACCCUCACCAUGGUAGCUGUGGCUUUUGUUCGCGAGUAGCAACUGUGAUCCACCAGGUGAACCAGAAGUCUCCAGAAAAACUGUCGAUUGUAAAGACGAUUUUAUCAAACGUGUGUCAGCUGGUGCCUUCCAAGUUUAAAUGCGAUGUGGUAGACAAGAAUUUCGACAAGAUUGUGGAAAUGGAGAAGGAAGGCAAGCAUCCGCACGAGAUCUGUAAAUUGCUUGGACUUUGUGACAAGAUGCACGACGGGGAGGAACAUGUGCCUUUUGUCACUGCUGAUGUAAAGGAUAUCACUGUGGGUUCCGAUUGGCGUCCGGGAAAUGAGACUGAGUGCACGUACUGCCAAUUUGCUACAACUGUGGCCAAAAUUGCAGUUGAGCAGUAUGGCGCAGAUAUCCGUGAAGUCCGCGCAUAUGCUGAUAUGAUUUGUGAUAUGCUGAGUAAAGACAACCCCUGCCACAUUUACGUGAAGCAGUUUGAUUUUGUGAUUGAUUCAAUCACUAAGGGCAUGAGCUCGAAGGCAAUUUGUGUGGGAUUAAAGUUCUGCAUUGCGACUAAUGCCAAUGAUAAAGGGAAUACUGCGUCAUCGGGUUUAUCAUUUACAUCGCCGAUCAGCGAUCGCACAGCUCAUGAUGCGAUCCUGUUGCGACAAGUAAAUGAUGCGAUGAAAGCGUCGAUUGACGGUUGUUUCUUUUGCACCCAAGCGGCAUCUGUAAUUGAGGUAGCUGUGGCUGCAGAUUCCAGCAAGAUUGCACAGAUUCGACAAAUUGCCGACGUCGUUUGCAUAAUGCUCCCGAGUGAGAGCCAGUGCCAAUCAUUUAUGGAGAAGUUCGAUACUGUGAUCGAUUCUCUACGGAAGGGGAAGCAGAUAAAGGCUAUUUGCCACGACUUGCAGUACUGUACGGCGGAUGCCAUGGCUACGGUUGUGGUACCUGACAUGAUUGCUGUCCAGAACCAUGACAAGGGAAGCGGCACAUGCGCUUAUUGCAAUGGCAUUGUUACGGUGCUUCACUAUGCACUAGACCAAGAGUCAGACCAAGUCAAGGCAAUGCGUGAAGCUGUUGGUACCUUCUGUGAGCUUCUUCCUACUGAUGAUGCGUGUCACAAUGAUCUUACUACGUUUGACGAAGUAGUGUCUGAUCUGCUGUCUCGUAAGGAACCUGCAGCGAUCUGCCAGAGGCUAAGCCUCUGCGCAUCAGCCGGCGCUCGCAGCGAUUUGUUGUCAGGUUUGCUUGAUUUCACCGGUGGAGAUUUUCUACCUAAGAGGUGCACGACUUGCCAGCAAAAUACGUUGUUGCUCGCAUCGGUGAUUACGCGCCCGGACAGUUUGGUCACUUUCGAGGACGAAAUCAGUUCGGUAUGCCGCUUGAUCCCGGAAUCCAGCGAGUGCGAGCUGCUGAUGAAGCAUUACGAUGUGAUCAUUGAUUUGCUGAAGAAAAAGGAAGAUGCGGAGACUAUUUGCACGCGAAUUGGCGAGUGCGUCCCCGCCGAUGAGGAAGUGCAGGAAGAGAAGUCAAUGCCCGUCAGCUGUUUGUUCUGCGAGCUCACUGCUGACGUCUUGGAGCAUGCUAAGGACAGUGAAAAGGUUUUGCGCGAGGCGAAGGCGACGCUCGAAACAAUGUGCACUGUAUUGCCACCGCUUGCGCGCUGCGAUGUUCUUAGCUCGAAGUUUGAUGAUCUGUUAUCGCUAAUGCGCGAUGGCAACAGCCCGAGCGAAGCAUGCCACGCUCUUGCCUUGUGCGACGCGGAAUUUGUGUUCUUGCCAACGUCGGACAUGCAGGAGGACCCCAUCGUGCAAGCUUUUGAGAAAGGGCGGCAGAGCAUGAGCAAGACGAUGGCAAUCGAGUAA